AUGCCUUUGCAGGCCCAAGAAACAACUAACGAUGACGUCGAAGACGACGACGACUACAAUGACAUUGACUACUACGUUGAUGACGACAUCAACAACGUCGACGAUGAGGACAACGAUGAUGAUGAUGUUGAGGAUGUUUAUGAUGAAAAAUUACCUGGGUAUAACGCAACGUUGAAAUCACUGAUAAAUCGUCUCAGUAAUUUCAUAAAUAUUAAUGAUGAAAAUGAUCCCAAGAUAAUCUUGCAGAGGGAGCUUACUGUAAGUGAUUUAAACCCUAAUCUAGGCCGACUUUCGAUGCCAAAUUUGCAGCUUAUUGUUAGGCCAUUUUUGAGAUAUCCAGAGCAUUUGAAUUUACGAGACAAGAAGGGUUUCAAGAUUAAGGUGAAGGUGAUCAUGAACAAUACUAUGUAUGAUAUGUUGCUCCGUGCAUGGGAAUACCCCCAAGAGAAAACCGAGGAACCUCAAAGAUUCACGUAUAUGCUGCAAUCUGGAUGGAAGGAACUUGUGGAAGAACAGAAUCUGAAGAAUGGUAACACUAUUCUUGUUAUGUCGUUUCGCAUUGGCAAAAAGCUUCACUUUGCUAUUUUCAGAGAAUAG